UGGUAGCACCCGGGAGUGCCGCAUCGCUCUACUAUGAUUUGUCUCGCCGCGGGAAAACUUAAUUUCCUUCAAUAAUUCGAGUUCACUCAUACAAUUUUCGUAGAAGUGUAGCAAGUAUUGUGUUACGCCCAAUUGUUAAUUUUCAGUGUUUAUUAUUGAAUUCGAUAAAAACUAAUUCUGAUUUGGUUUAAAAAGGAAUUUAAAAAAAAAUAGCUUCUUGCGCAUUAUUUAGCUGUAGACGUAAAUAGAGAAGUGAAACAAUUAAUUUAUUCGUCACAACGAAAAUUGAAAUCUUCUUUGCUGGCUUUGGAAAUUAUUCAAAAAAAAUAGAGAACAGCAGGAACUAUAAUUGAAUUUGUUACUGGGAUAAGUAUUUCAAGUGACACGCGUAAAAAGCGUUAUAGUGGAAGCCGCAUGGUUUGCGAUGGUCGCGCAAUGCUGUGCCUCGAGUCCCUGGUGACAAGGUGGCGUGAACGUGGUGAACGGGGUGAGAGGCGAACCCGGUCGCGUAGCCUAUGCUCUUCAGCAGCCGAUGGCAGCCUCCUCCAACUGCUGCAAAGACGAGCCAGUAGUGCUAUCUCAUCAGCGAGCGAGCUAAUCUCCCGGCGUGGUGUUUUCUCACGGCGGCAGUAUGGCUCUGUGGAACAGUUAUCUGCAACAGCUGGAGAGAUCAGUGGGGCGGUCGACACGAUCAUCCGCCGAUAUCGACUAGAGAAUGGGAAUUCACUUGGCGAGAAGGAUGAGUUAUUUGGACCACCAAGUGCUCCGGUACUCGAGAACCCUGAAUUUCAAACGCGGUGGUACUUCAAAUAUUUUCUCGGAAAAAUGCAUCAAAACUACAUUGGAGUAGAUGGCGCACGUGAACCAUAUCUUCUAAGCGUUGUACAGGAAGGGGCCGGACUUUUACGAGCAAUUCUCUUUAAUAAAAUGGGCGCACACAAAAUUUAUUUACCGGCGAGUGCUUGGAGUGGUGGAGGAGGCCAAACCCCAACAAGGCCGACCCUUAAACAGAUACUAUCGCAGUUCACAGCCAUUGAGAAAAUCGAUAAAAUGCCCAGAGAGAUCACGUGCCCGGAACUACAGAAGGACAUAUUGUUACUUGAAGAACAGGAGGGGUCUGUGAAUUUCAAGAUUGGUGUCGUUAUAAUGAACCCCGGCCAGAGGACUGACGAUGAAAUGCUGUCUAAUGAAAAAGGUAACGCGAAAUGGGACAAAUUUAUUUCACUUUUGGGCGACAAGAUUCGAUUAAGAGGCUGGAACCGGUUUCGCGGAGGUUUGGAUGUCAAAGGUGACAUGACAGGCAGCCAUUCCAUUUACACGAUGCACCAAGGGCACGAAAUUAUGUUUCAUGUAUCAACAAUGUUGCCGUUUUCUAAGGACAAUAAACAACAGUUGGAGAGGAAGCGGCAUAUUGGGAACGAUAUUGUCAACAUAGUGUUCACUGACGACACAGCACACAACACUUUCAACCCCCAAUGUGUGAAGAGCCACUUUACACAUAUAUUUGCCGUAGUAUCUGAGGUGGAGGGUGAAGGGUACAGGCUGAGCGUGUACACAGAUGACACGGUACCCCCGUUCGGCCCCUCACUCCCCUGCCCACCGAUAUUCAGCGACCCUCAGCUCUUUAGGGAAUUCCUUUUGGUAAAACUAAUGAAUGGAGAGAAGGCUGCAUUUCAAACACCAACGUUUGCUCUAAAGAGGCAAAGAACAUUGGACACAUUAAUAAGAGAUAUUUAUGCAGAACAUUGUUCCGACCACAAAGUGCCAAUGUUAUCUCGGCGUGCCCUAUCAGACGUGUGGUCAGGCGGGGCAGGGGCUGGCGGCGCGGGCGCUGCACGUACCGAGCGAUUUCUUCACGUAGGGCAGGCACUUAAACUGGAUGCUGUGUUAAGAGGCGAUGCACCUACCAGCCUUGUGUCUACCGGUUCUGGAGGUUCCCGAAGAGCACCCUGGGAGGGAAGGUUAUGGCGCGCGGCUCCCCUUCCCGCGACCCCUGUCUGCGCUGAGCAACUUGAUGAAAGCCGAGUACUGCUCUCUACUACAUCAAAUACUUAUAUUUUAGAAGAAAGUGGCACCACGAGAGUGGUACUACGUUGGGAAGGGUGUGUCCGAUCCGCAAGGAUAACAGAACGCGCUGGCCUAUUCCGAGUCGGAGCCAGAGUUACCUCAGGCGGGGGUUCCACUACAGGUGGUGCGGGGGGUGCGGGGUUAUAUGCCUUACCAAUACAUGAACUAUGUGCUGGGGCUUGGGCCAUGCGACCAUUGCAGGAUUGCAAACACGCAAGACUUCCUCGCACCAAGACUGCACAUUUCUUUGAUGUAUUAGAACAAGGUGAAAAUGGGAAAACUUUAUUAGCGGUAGCAAUAGGAAGAAGAAUUCUACUUUUAGUUGAAGAGCCUAAGACUGAACAUGAGAUGGGCUUUGAAUAUACUCAUGUCAAGGAUAUUCAACUGAGUGAAACUCCAGUAUUAUUAAAGUUAAUGGACGGUGAACUUCCCGUCACAGUUGUGGGUUACAAACAUCAUUGGGAGGUGCUGGAGACUAGUACAGGCCAGACAGUGAAACGAGUUGAUGGUAGCGAAGAGAGCGGCCUCCGUCGCGGCGCUCUCGUCAACGCCUUAAGAAUUGGUGACGAUAGAGAUGUACAACUAUUACUAUGUUAUAAUCACACAUGUCACUUCGAGCGCUUGACGACAAAAGGCUUGGAGAGCGACAGCGAAUACGAUUUCCAUUGGACCACUGUUCCCACAGUUGUUGUGUGUGCGUUUCCCUACAUAAUGGCGUUCGCAGAAGACUUGUUAGAGAUUCGGUUGGUGGCGAACGGAUCUUUGGUCCACGCAGCUUGCAUCCCAGGCCUUAAAAUUCUAUGUGGAAAAAAGGACAUAUUCUACGUAGCAUGUGCCCCUGAAUACGUCCCAUUGGGCCGAGAUAUAGACCCAUGUCUCGGCAGACAUGAGAACUACGAGCUGGUGAGGCAGAUGAGCAAAUGUGGACCUUACUCAAUAGACGACGACGAUGAUUAUAAACACGAUCAAGCGAACAGGACACCGGAAAACAAUUCAGCAUCAAGCAGAAGCAGCUCCAUAUCAUCAGAACAGGAGAACAUUCGUCCGCCACUCCACAGAAUGACUCCUAUAUCUCCGCCUACAUCACCUCAAGAAAACAGCGGUCGUUGUGUGCGAAUUUACAAGAUUCCGCAAAGCAACCUGAGCGCUGCCACUUACCAGCGACAGUCAGUGUCGGCCGACCACGUCGUCACUGCAUACUUCUCUGACAGGCCAAAUAGCAUAAGACAGAAAUUGGCAGAGCUGCGAUGGGACAGCAAAUCACGUGGCGGUGGCGAAGAAGACAUCGUUCAUAAUUCCCAGUAAAUAAACGUGUUAGUAUAAUUGUAGUGUUAGACUCUAGUUUAAGAUUGUCUUAAAGAGAAAUCAUGUUAUAUUUGAGGUGUAUAACCGCACAACUGAUACAUGUCCUUAAUAUUAGCUUAUCGUACAUUUUUAACAUAUGAAAGAUUAGGUAAUUGUAAGACUUUCGAGGCGUAAUUGGUGCAAAUUAAAAAUGUUUGCAUAGAACAUAUUUUGACACCUAUUUAAAAUAUCUACGACUCACCAGUCGUAUUUUGCAAUUAAUCCGGGUAACGUAAGUUAAAGUGUUUAUUCUAUUAAAUUGGGGGGUGUAUUGAUUGCGACAGUUUACGCGACUACCACGGAGAAAUAGACACAGAAAUGUGUCCGCCCCAUACGGUAUUGCCCCAUAAUAUAAUUCAUUGUAAUAGAAUUCACGUUAUGUUUCUCUCAUUCUAGUUAACACAUUUAGAAUAAAAUACACUUUAAAAAGACAUAUACAUAUAAAAGGCAUAUACAUACAUCACUAGCGAGCCUAGUGCUUGCUGUUAUUAAGUAAAACGCACGAUUUAAUGUCAAAAUAUAUAGGUACUUGUAAAAUUCUUUCAAAUAAACGUGUUUAUCUUAUAAGUAUAUUUUCUGUGUUUUUUGUAAUGUAUUACUGGUAUUACUAUUUACCGUACUGAAUUAUAUCUGUAAAUAGGAACCUUGACUGUCGUCUAAAUUUAACAUUUAUUUGAUAAGUCAUAAAAAUCGCUAGAUAAUUAAUACGUAGAAGUAGCUGUAAAUUGUCCGUGUCAUUCAUACAGUAUUCCUGGGUGUCUAAUGUCUAUUUAGAAUACCACUGGUAAUUGUAACGAAUCGUAAAUUUAAAAAAAAGCAGUUUCUUUCAAUAGAAAAAAUUACGAACGGUUCUCUGGAUAUAUUUACAACCGAUAUAUGAACGCGUAAAGCUAAAAAAGUUUAUUUUCCCUCUAUUAUGCAUUUUAAAUAUAUGCUUAAUAAGUCUAAAUGUCGUUUAUAAUAUAAUAUUUGACUGCAUUUAUAAGUUUGUAUAUACGGUUAGCAAUAGACUAAUUCAGAAUUUCCUGAUACCCUGUAUCACUCUUUAUACUAGCGUAAGGUUGUAUCUUCUGACAUGCAAGACAUAAAGUGAUGUAUAUAAUCUUCUCUAAGAAUAGGAUUCAAAAUAAACUAUUAAGUUCCAUCCACGUUACGUUCUAAAACUUAAUAUUAACAUUGCGAUGCAAGAGAAUUGAAGUUAUAUUUAGAAAAUAUAGUUAUUUGUAAAUAAAUACAUUAAUAUUUAUUGCAUACUAUAUAUAGCCUAAAUAUUUUAAUGUUAUUAAUUCCUAAGUCUUAUUCUUGCUAUAAACUUAAAAAGUUAUAGCAUAAGUGUUUAGUCCCAUUGUCACAUAAGAGCGAUAAGGACAGAACGUUCAAUGAAUCUCCAUAGAUACUAGAGUGACUCUAGUAUAAGUGUUUUCUAGAACUAAAAUUAGGCUUAAAAGUUCGUCGAUGUCUAUUUACCCAAAAGAAGAACCAAAAAGUAUUUAAUAGGGAAUAUUUUAAGUAGAAAAGAAAUGUUUAACGUAUAAAAUUAAGAAUCGUUGUUUUAGGAAUUUAAAAAUUUGAAAGUUUUAAGGAUAAAAUAAAUUUUUAUUAAAAACUAUCCUGAUGUAUAUAUGUACUUCGUUUCAUAAUGGAACAGAAUCUAAAUACCUCCGUUCAAACUUAAAAAUAUUAUUUAAGUACAUAAUAUAUUUUUUACCAUCAAAGUUAUCCUACUAUGCCAUGAGUAGGCUUAGUAUUAUGUAUACUCAAAAUUCACAAAGAAAAAUGUGAUAAAUAAUUUGUGUGUUGUUAUAGUAGACAAAAUGAAAUUAUUGUAGAUUUUUCUACUCACACUUAUUGCCUACACGGAUUAAUUUGUUAUUCGGGCAAUAAGUGCGAACAGAUUUGGAUUAAUGUUUCUAAACAAAUUUAGGAAAAUGUAUGAUGUUAAACAGAUGUUACCAAAUUUAUGUAGACGAUAUUAUUAGAUAAUAAGGUAAAGGCUCGUUACACCCUAUAAUUAUUUAUUUCGAUAUGUCGGUAGGUAUUUGUUGUAUCUUCAAGAUAUAAAUUACCUAAUUUAAAUUAGGUUUGCAUUUAUUGAAAAAAGUUUUGUCUUGAGUAUUAAAAUAGC